GAUCCGACUUCUUUUGGCUGCCGUGAGUUCUCUGUAUUGUAAAGGGUGAAGCGCAGGAGGAGGGGGGGUUGAAUUGGUAAAAUUCUCCCGAUAGGGUACACAUCCGGAGUCUCGACGACCACACUUUAUCGCACCUUUCAGCUUUUAAGAGCUCGGGUUUUAUUGUUUUUAGUAAUUUAUUCUAUUUUCCUCUUAGUUUAUGGUUUACACUCUGGGAGGGCAGAAAUGGCGGCCAACAUGUACCGGGUCGGAGAUUAUGUAUUCUUUGAGAACUCCUCCAGUAACCCUUACCUGAUCCGUCGGAUAGAAGAACUCAACAAGACCGCCAGUGGAAAUGUGGAGGCCAAGGUGGUUUGUUUCUACAGAAGGAGAGACAUCUCCCACAGCCUCAUCCAGCUCGCAGAUAAACAUGCAAAGGAGUUGGAAGAGGAGAAGGAGAACCCAACAGAGACAGAGCUAACAGAAAAACAGAAACACCAGCUUCGCCACAGAGAGCUCUUCCUCUCCCGGCAGUAUGAGAGUCUACCUGCGACACAUAUCAGGGGGAAGUGCAGUGUCGCAUUAUUGAAUGAGACUGAAGCCGUUCUUUCAUACCUUGACAAAGAGGAUACCUUCUUCUACUCGCUGGUGUAUGACCCGACACAGAAGACUCUUCUGGCUGACAAAGGAGAGAUCAGAGUGGGACCGCGCUUUCAGGCAGACGUGCCUGAAAUGUUACAAGAAGGUGAAGCAGAUGACCGGGACCAGGCCAAACUAGAAGAGAAGCUGUGGGAUCCAGAGUGUCCACUCACCAACAAACAGAUAGACCAAUUCCUAGUUGUGGCACGGGCGGUGGGGACCUUUGCCCGAGCGUUGGACUGCAGCAGCUCAGUUAGACAGCCAAGCUUACACAUGAGUGCAGCUGCAGCCUCACGAGACAUCACAUUGUUCCAUGCGAUGGACACUCUGCAUCGUCAUAAUUACGACCUGUCCAGCGCGCUGAGUGUACUGGUCCCAGCAGGCGGCCCAGUGCUCUGCAGGGAUGAGAUGGAGGAGUGGAGCGCCUCGGAAGCGGCCAUGUUUGAAGAGGCACUAGAGAAAUAUGGAAAAGACUUCAACGACAUCCGACAAGACUUUCUGCCAUGGAAGUCUCUGACCAGUAUCAUAGAGUACUACUACAUGUGGAAGACCACAGACAGAUACGUGCAACAGAAGAGACUGAAGGCAGCAGAGGCAGAAAGCAAACUGAAGCAGGUUUAUAUCCCCACAUAUAACAAACCCAACCCCAACCAGAUCUCAAUGACCAAUGGCAAGAUGGCGACAGUGAAUGGAGCGGGCCCCGGGGCCUACCAUGCAGCAGGCGGGGGCAGAGCCUGCGAGAGCUGCUACACCAUGCAGUCGGCCCAGUGGUACUCAUGGGGGCCUCCAAACAUGCAGUGCCGCCUGUGCGUUUCCUGCUGGAUGUACUGGAAGAAGUACGGCGGUCUGAAGAUGCCGAGCAGAGCUGAGGGCCCCGAGGAGAGGACCUCCCCUAGUCCAGCAAGCAACGAGUCUCGCUCAAGGGGUCACGCUCCUCGCCAGUCCAACCACAUGGUGCCGAUGCGAAACAGCGGCAGCCCCAAGUCCUCCAUGAAGACCAAGCAGGCCUUCCUGCUGCAGGCCACCCGCCUCACCAAGCUGGCCCGGCACAUGUGCCGUGACAUCAUCAGGCUGCGCCGCGCUGCGCGCCGGCCCUUUGUCCCCAUUAACUGUGGGGCCAUAAAGGCAGAGUACAUGUUAAGGGCAUCCGAAGGGCAGGGGACUCGACUACCCAAAACCAGAGCCGCCCAAAGGAGCACUCUGACCAGUGUUCUGCAGUUUCUAGAGUCCCGUCCGGCGGCCCACGCCCCUCGUUCCCACCGCACCCCGGGCCUGCAGACGCCUCCCCCUCGACGCCUCCUCUCCUCCCUCCCCCACGGCCCCCACGGCAUGCUGGGAAAACGCAGCUACCAUCACCACAGCAGGGCCGAGCCGGACAGGCGCUCAGAGAACCCAGGUACAACAGGUGGACCUCUCCUGCACAACGGGCGCAACAGCGGCAGCGGCAGCACCAGAGGUGGAGUGAUGAUCCGCAAGAGACGCCCCAACUGGAUCGAUGCCCCCGAUGACAGCUUCUUCCUCGUCACCCGGGAGACCAGGAGGGCCCGGCGGCUGCUGUCGCGCUCCCAGCUGAGGCACGCCUGCCGGCAGCCCUGUGAGCAGAUCACCCUGCGCAGGGUCUCCCAGGGCCCACCGCAGGGGCUGGUCCUGGGCCCCCCACACCCCCACCCCAGCCUGAGGAUGCGAGGCCCCAUCGUCAUCCACGACUGAUCGGACUCUGUGACCUCCACACAUCCUCCUCCGCCUCCUGUCCACCCUUCCCUUUGCUUUUUACCCUGAAACACCAUUAUUAUAACCCCCUAGCAACAGUUAAACAAGCUGUCUGGCAACAGAAGGAUGUGAUGCAAUAGAAACAGGAAUCGACUGCAAGUGCUGCCUGUCAUUAAACCCCCACCUGGGAAAGUGUUUGUAUGUGUAUAUACUGUAUUUGGGUGCAUGUUGCAGAGAGUGUGUGUGUGUGUGUGUGUGUGUGUGUGUGUGUGUGUGUGUGUGUGUGUGUGUGUGUGUGUGUGUGCAAGACUACGGCAACAACACAAAUGUGAACGAAGGGAGAUGUUGCUGUUCUUAGUUUUUAUGGAUGGACAUAACGACAGAACUUUGUGUGACCUUUUUGUGUUGAUGGUGAAUUGUUGUGAAGUUUUAUCAGUUUGUAUAUUUUGGGAGGAUCGGGGUUUGGGGGGGUGGCACGGGGAUAGAUGAAAGACGGGAAAAGGGUGGGAUUGCAUUUUUUGGGGGGGGUUAUUGUAACACGGGAGAAGAGACAAAUGUCCGCUGAUGACAUUAAAAAAAAAAAGGAAAAAUGCACUAUACGGAGUCUGAAACAGCUGCUCUAGAGUUCCGUUUUUUCAGGCUCAUCUUGAAGUAAAAACGAGCUGGUGCCGGUGUUGAAGAAUGAUGACCCGGAGACAUUAUUUAAAAACCCCCCAAAAGAAACGCUGUCAGUUAUUCAUGAUGAAUCUGCAGGUUUUUUGAAAAUAGAACAAGAAGUAGAAGAGCCAGCUUUACAUCGAACAACAUAAUCCUCCCACAUGAACCAGUGUAUAAUAUAUUGUAUAUCUCAUUACAGCACUGUAAAUUCUACUCAUCCGAUUUCUAUGGCCGACUGUACCUACCUAAUCUAGCCCUGACUUGGGUACUAAAGCACCUCCUUUGCAGCAGAAAAAGGGCAUGGAUCUGUCAUAUUUCCCUCGAGGCUGUCAUAUCCUGGCAACUUUUUGACGCAGAAAUCAGUGCAACUUUGCCAGCAGCUGUCUGCAACUCUCCAGCAACAUCUGUUUUUCUGUUCUUUAAAGCUAACAGUCACAUUUUCCUCUCUCUUCCCCCUCCUUUUUGCUGCAUGACAAUGUUGCCCGAGGCCUCAAAAAGUUGCCCCCCGCAGCCUUCAGGUUGUGUUUAUUCUAAGUUUUGAAACUGGCAUCGCCGCCGCAUGUCUUUGAGGUGAGAGCCUCCGCUGACCGAUGGGGUCACAUGAUUUCUUCUCUUUCAUUCAGAAUGUUUAUGUUAGUGUUUCCUGUAUGUCAUGUGUUGAAUUAUGAAUAUGCCGAGAAUAAUAAAAAGAAAAGAAAACAACGA